AUGGGUAAUGGAAGUUUGGGAAUGGCGGCUUUAGGGGUCAUAGUGCUUCUGUUGGCAGAGACAUGGGCCCAGAAUCCCAGGAAGAGACAGGCACCUCCAAAGCCUCUCAAGAGCCAGUGUUGUGAUGAUGUACGCUCUCUCAAAGUUCAAGUGGCCAAUCUGACCAGUCUACUUGAGGAGCUGAGGCACAAGCAAGAGACUGACUUGAUGAAUGUCGUGAGGCAAGUAAUGGAACUAGACAAGCAGAACCGGCAGCAAGAAGCCCGCGUCACUGAGGCAGAAAGCAAGUAUUCAGAGAUCAACAACCGUGUGGAGAUCAUGCAGCUACAAACCUUACAGUCUGCUACCCAGACUUCAUCAGAUGCUAUAUAUGACUGUGCAUCACUGUACAACAAGAGCUACAAGAUCUCUGGAGAGUACAAACUGCCUAAAGAUGAUUUCCUUGGUACCCCUGAGCUGAGUGUGUUCUGCGAUAUGGAGACGAAUGGAGGUGGUUGGACUGUGAUCCAAAGGCGAAAGGUUGGCUUAACAUCAUUCAACCGUGACUGGAAGCAGUACAAAACUGGAUUUGGAUCAGUACGGGGUGAUUUCUGGCUCGGCAAUGAACACAUCUACCGUCUAACAAAGCAGCCCAGUAUGCUAAGGAUUGAGAUGGAGGACUGGGAAGGAGAGAGUCGCUAUGCCGAGUACGGUUUAUUCAGUGUGGCUAAUGAGCGCAACAGCUACAAGCUUUUCAUUGCCAACUACAGAGGGAAUGCUGGAAACUCCCUGCGUUACCACAACAAUACCAACUUCAGUACCAUCAACAAGGACAAUGACAAAUGUGUGGAUCAUUGUGCUUCACUGCGCAAAGGUGGUUACUGGUACAACUGCUGCACUGACUCAAACGUGAAUGGGUUUUUUUACCGCUAUGGCGAGCAUAUAAAGAACACAGAUGGGAUCACUUGGUAUGGCUGGCACGGGCCCAACUACUCCCUGAAGAAAGUAGAGAUGAAGGUUCGACCACUCAAUUUUCAACCGUAAGGGCUUCAGCUGUGUGCCCCAAAUAAAGAUGAUUAAAGUGCACUCACUAAUACCUGUUCACCCCAACUGUGGCUUUCCUUUGGCUCCAAAACAAACACUUCUUUGUUUCAGUCCAAAUUUCAAAUCAGAUGAAUGUGUAAUGUGUUGAUAGUGUUUGAUUGUAAAUUGUACUUCAUUUUGUGUAUUUAUCAGUAAAAUAUUUUUUUAAAGCUUGGAUAAUUAUUUUUAACCACUGUCCUGUAGGAUUAGAAAUUCUAAUCUAAUUUGUCGCAAAAGCUCUAGAAUGUAUAUUUCAGUUAGCUCCAGCUAUUUAUAGGCAGCAGCAAUAAUCAAUCCGGACUGAUGUAAACUAGUGCUAGUAUGAAACACUACGAACUGGUAUAAACAAUGGAAAAAGAAUCUUUGUGUAUUGCUGGAAUGGGAUUAACCACCAAAGAUAUUUCUUUUGAAUGACACUGCAUUUUACUUCACAAUCUUAUUAAUAACUGAACUGUGUAAUUUGUGAUACAUGUACAGCAUUGUAAAUUUGUUGUUUUAUGAGACAGAAAAUAAACAUAUUUUUAAAAGUA